AUGGAGCUGUCGAGUUUAAGCGAAGAGGAUAACGAUGACGUUUGGGCGCUAGAAUUGGAAGAGGAACUUGAUUUAGCAGCAGAUCUAGAUAUGAUUCAAUCAGGAGAUCAACUGGUAGCUGGAAUUGAAACGAUGGAAGAGGAGCAGGUGGCUUUGGAUAAGCCGUCGAUGGUCAUGUUUUUGCCGCAUGAGGUGCUCAUUAUCAUCAUCAGCUUUGGUCAAGUUGGACGCGUAUGUAAAUCCUGGAGUCUCGCCAGCAUUGCAGUUGCCCGUCGUCGCUUCUCAUCAAGACUCACCGACAUUUUGCGACCUUUGAAUGUUAACGCUCUGGCGGUGGCCCUUGACGUCGAGGCGGAGCUUCAUGCUGCUUAUGGGCAAAGGUGUGUGAUUUAG